ACUUUCCCACGCGCAUCCAUUCCGCACGCGCACUCUCUCUCUCUCUCUCCGCACAAUGGAGGCUCUCCAAUUGGCGCCACCGCAGCCUCCCCACCUCCGCUCGCGGACCGCCGGCGUCGCCGUGCCCCGCACCCUCUCCGCCCCGGCCAAGGGGCACCGGCGGAGGCCGCUCGUGGGGGCCAUCGUCUCCAAGCAAACGGCUGAGAUGUCCCCUUCGCUCGCUUCCCGCGAAAUCCCGCCGCCGGCGUCCACGUCUGCGCCGCCCUCGUCGCAGCAGCCCCCCUUGCCCAGGGUCUCCGCCAGCUCCCUCCAGUACCCGCCAGGCUACCUUGGGGCGGUGCCUGAUCGCGCGGCUGCCGAAGGGGCCGGUCACAGCAUCACCAAUGCCAUGAGCUAUCUAACCAACAUUUUGUCGUCCAAGGUGUACGACGUCGCGAAGGAGACUCCGUUGCAGCUCGCGACGAAGCUCUCCGAGAGGUGGGGAGUGAAUGUGUGGCUCAAGAGAGAGGAUUUGCAGCCUGUUUUCUCUUUUAAACUCCGUGGCGCCUACAACAUGAUGGCAAAGCUUCCUAGGGAACAGUUGGAAAAAGGGGUUAUCUGCUCAUCAGCAGGGAAUCAUGCCCAGGGGGUCGCCCUUGCUGCCGAGAGGCUAAAUUGCAGUGCUGUUAUUGCAAUGCCUGUCACAACGCCAGAGAUCAAGUGGCGCUCUGUUGAGAGGCUUGGUGGCACAGUGGUUCUCGUGGGGGAUUCCUAUGAUGAGGCUCAAGCAUAUGCUAAGAAGCGGGGAGCGGAGGAGGGGCGUACAUUUAUACCUCCCUUUGAUCACCCAGAUGUCAUCAUGGGGCAGGGUACGAUCGGCAUGGAAAUUGUGCGUCACAUGCAAGGUCCUUUGCAUGCCAUUUUUGUUCCUGUGGGGGGUGGCGGCCUCAUAGCUGGUAUUGCUGCUUAUGUUAAGAGGGUUUCUCCAGAGGUAAAGAUAAUUGGGGUUGAGCCUGCUGAUGCUAAUGCUAUGGCAUUGUCACUUCAUCAUGGCCAGAGAAUAAUGUUGGACCAGGUUGGAGGUUUUGCUGAUGGUGUAGCGGUUAAAGUGGUUGGGGAAGAAACUUUCCGUCUGUGCAAAGAGUUGGUAGAUGGCAUAGUUCUUGUGAGCCGUGAUGCAAUAUGUGCCUCAAUAAAGGACAUGUUUGAGGAGAAAAGGAAUAUUCUGGAACCUGCGGGUGCUCUGGCGCUUGCUGGAGCUGAAGCAUACUGCAAGUACUAUGGUAUAAAGGGGGAAAAUGUUGUUGCAAUAACCAGUGGGGCAAAUAUGAAUUUUGAUAAGUUGAGGGUGGUGACUGAACUUGCAAACGUGGGUAGGCGACAAGAGGCAGUGCUUGCAACGGUUAUGCCUGAGAAGCCUGGAAGCUACAAGCGGUUCUGUGAAUUGGUUGGCCCAAUGAAUAUAACGGAGUUCAAAUAUCGAUGUAAUUCAGAUAAAGAGGCUGUAGUACUGUACAGCGUUGACCUUCACACAGUAAGUGAACUAGAACAUAUGCAAAAGAGGAUGGAGGAUUCUAAUCUGAAAACUUACAAUCUCACAGGAAAUGAUCUGGUUAAAGAUCAUCUGCGUUACCUGAUGGGGGGCCGGUUAAACCUUCAAGAUGAGGUUCUUUGUCGUUUUGUGUUCCCAGAAAGGCCUGGUGCUCUGAUGAAGUUCUUGGAUACCUUCAGUCCUAGAUGGAACAUUAGUUUGUUUCAUUACCGUGGACAGGGUGAAACUGGUGCAAAUGUAUUGGUUGGAAUCCAAGUGACUCAAACCGAGAUGGAUGAGUUUCAGGAGCGUGCAGAUGAUCUUGGAUAUGACUAUGCACUGGUCACCAAUGAUGAGGCUUUCCGACUGUUGAUGCAUUUCGAUUAGAUGUAAGAAUUAAACCCGAUUGUUGUGAGCGAGAGGGUUUUGUCCUCCUUUGGGUCCAUAAGGCUAUCCAAGUGUUUGUGGAUGCGGCAUCAAAGUCUAGAUUGGAGCGGGUGAAUGCAAUCAGGUAUCUAAUUUAGGAAACAAGCAGGAGGUAUGCAAUUCGUGGAUCUCAUCAUUAUGUUUUUUGACCUCUAUGUAAGUUAUGAAGAAGUUAUCCUCAAUGACACUCAUGCUAAAUCCCGCAUUACGGGUUUCUGCCAAUUGUCGGGUGACGAGCUUUGUUCCAUGAUCUUUGUUUUUGAAUAGGUUCAAAGUCUUUAUGAGAUUUUUGUCAGC